AUGUACUAUCCUGUGAGUAACGGCAAUGUCAUCGAUACCGGAACACCUACCCUGCUGCACAUGGUGGGGACGGGCAUGGCGGCCCCGUUCCCUGCGGCGGCGGCGGCUGCGGCCGCGGCGGCCCAGUACGCGGCCAACGGGGACGCGCUGGCCGGCGUGAAGGCCGAGGCGACAGGCCCCGCGGCACCACCGCAGGCGCAGCUGGUCAAGAGCGAGGGCCCGCCGCCACCGGCCCCCCUGCCGCCCGCCAACUUCUCCCCGCAACCGCCACCCCAGUCGCACGCACAGAACUCUAUAGAGAACCAGAACAACAACUCGCAGAGCGAAGCGGAGUCGACGGAGGAGAGCACGCCGGUGAGCGUGGCGGCGGCCGUGGUGGCUCAGCAGGCGGCCGCCGUGGCGCAGCAAGCGGCCGCUGCGCACGCGGCCGCCGCAGCCGCCGCGGCCGCCACCGCCAACGCCACGGACAAGAAUCUCGUGCCCGUCUCCCAGGCCUCGCAGCCCAAGAGGCUGCACGUCUCCAACAUACCCUUCCGCUUCCGGGACCCCGACCUGAGGAACAUGUUCGGCCAAUAUGGCACGAUACUUGAUGUAGAAAUUAUCUUCAACGAACGCGGCUCGAAGGGAUUCGGUUUUGUAACAUUCGCAAAUAGUGGUGAUGCGGAGCGAGCACGAGAGCGUCUUCACGGCACCGUGGUUGAGGGCAGAAAGAUAGAGAGAAAUGUAGAACGAACCGUACGUCUCGAUAUCGACGAGGUUAAUAACGCAACUGCGAGGGUACAAACCAAGAAACCGCCUGCGGUCCCCAACGUGUGCGUCCAAUGGCCUGAAGGGCUGCGGGUGUCCGGCGUGACGUGGCCGUGGCUGGGCACGGCGCCGGCCGCAACGCCCGCGCCGCCGCUCGUGCUCGCGCCGCGCGCCGCGCAGCGACGCAGUGUAUAUUACGACCCCUUCCUAGCAGCGGCUGCAACGGCCGACUCUAACUACAGACUGCAGAAGUUGGAGUGCGAACGGGUCGAGCGGGAAUGGAACUACGUAAUUGGUGCGCAGGCCGCGGCGGCUGCGGCGGCGGCGGCGGCGCCGCUGCUCAAGUCGCCGCUGACGACGGCGCAGCACGCGGCCGCGGCCGCUGCGGCCGCCAACUACGGCGCGGCGGCGAGGGCCGCCGCGGCCGCCGCCAGCGCCGCGCCCGCGCCCGCCCUCGCGCCCCUCGCCGCCACGUACGGAAGAGAGUACGCGGACCCGUAUUUAGGUCACGGCAUCGGACCUGUCACCGGAUACGGGACGGCGGUGUACAGAAGCGGCUACAACAGAUUCGCGCCAUAC